AUGCUUGAUGUACAAGGAGGAACUCACAAAAAGCGUGUGCGACGCAGCUCACUACUUAAUGCAAAGAAACUGUAUGAGGAUGCCCAGAUGGCAAGGAAGGUCAAGCAGUACCUCUCUAACCUUGUUGUGGAAUAUGAUGAAGAAAAGUUCCAAAUAAUGUCCCUACAAUGUGAGCCUGCAUACACCACUUUGAGCAAGAAUUUAAGUGACAGGAGAUCAGCAAAAUCUUCAGAAAUGUCACCAAUGUCUGCACGGUCAACCAGCCAGGCAGGGAAGUCCCAGCAGCAGCAACAAAACCGCAUAAGUCAAGUGCUACAGGUUCCUUCUGUGAAUUUGUAUCCCAUCAAGAGGAAGCCAUCAGUCAAAGACAGCAUUCCAAUUAGUACAAGUUCUCCUCAGAUCAUUAAGAAACCUGUGGGUAUGACCGAAGAAACGAGUGACAAAAAGCAGGCCGAUGAUGCUUUGUCUACUGCAUCAUCUGUGCAUUCUAGCCCUCCUGCUUCUCCUCAGGGCUCUCCUUGCAGAGGAAGCAUUUUAAAAUCUCAGAACUUCAACCAGAUGAACCUCUCUGGCUCUUCGUCAUCACUUACGAGUGAAACAAGCAACAAAACCAGUGGACAGCGAAGCUACAGUAUAGGUGGGGCAUAUUUGCAAAAGAAAAUCCAGCAAAUCACAGGCAUGAUGUAUGAAUCAGAAAUGAACAAGGAAGAGACAGAAGCUGAAAGGAAAGCUAGAAAAAGAGUGAGAUCUCCUUUUAGGGCAUUUAGAGGCAGGACACAUUCGAGUUAGUUUUUCCUAGAAAAGCUGAGAAACUAAAGACUGUUCAGCAAGUACAGACAGCUAAAAGGAGCAAGUCAGCACCAGAAAACUAGGGAAGGAGGAAGGUAGCCAGAACUGAAGAGCAAGUCAUCAGUACAGAACUAGAGAAAGAGGAGUACAACCAGCACUGAAGCAGUAACUGUGGUCAGCAGCAAAACCCUUCAAUGUAUGCUGCAAGGAAGUUUAGAAUGACUAAUGCAGUUUCAUUUUGAUAGUAGAGAAGACAGCGCAUUUAAGGACAAAACAAAGUUUAUGGGCAAGACAGCUUGCAGAGAUAUAAAAAUUACUGAAGUUUAAAUGCAUAUUUUAUGUGUGUAGCUGUGAAAAUGUCCAGGUUUUAAUGCUCAACAUUCAGAUUUGCAGUUCAGUCAUUGACCUGUCCUGUUUUCUUAGCGCAAGAGAUAUUUACUGUUUUAUUUAUUUUUGUUUACAUUUAAUGUGGACUAUUCCUUUGUGCAAGUUAAACAUUGAUUUUGUCAGCUUGA